AUGGAACGUGACCAGCACAUUCGACAAUUAUCAUGUUCCUCAUGCUCUCCUUCAUCACAUACACUGGACGGGAUCACUGAUUCACAAAGAGAGAAGCUGGAGAAGAAGUCCGCGUCAAAUGCCUCCCCCGAGGCCCAGUGGUUCGCUGUAUUUGACAUUCUGUUCCCAGGACACGAUCACCCCGAAUCGCCUUAUAUCGAUAAUGAGCUUUUACAGGAUAUCACACUCUAUCAAGACUUCUUGACAAGUAACGGGCCACGAAUCCUGUCAAAUAUUUUGACCCAACAAGGUGUUGUUACAUGGAAUCUCCCUAAUGAGGAGCGAGACCUCGCUGCCCUCCAGCAGACUGUCUUUGAAGAAGGACUACGCACCAUUUUCGAUCAGUGGGUGGCGCGCAGCACCAGUGCCAGCAGCAAUGACGAUGCAAACAUCCACUCAAGCUCAGGAAUUGCUGAUAACCGGUCCGGGGCCCCAACUCCGGGCAUGAGAUCCACCCUUCUCGGCCGAGGAUCGACCAACAUACUUGCUGGCAGCGAGGCUGUUCAAGAGAAUUCGUCAGAUCAAAACCUCUUUACUGGAACCCUGAAUGAGUUUCUCGACUAUGGGCAGGAUGGUCUUGAAUUCCAUGAAGGAGUAUGGUAUGAGGGUCAGGAUGAAGAGCUCAUGAGAUCGAUGCUGGGCUCCCAGGCGAGCUCAUCAUUUCAGCCGGCGCCGGGCUGA